UGUACUAUCGGUCCAUGCCUACUGGAACAGCAAUAUUUCAAAUUCUUUCCUUCUAAAUACGAACGUUAUGGAAAAAGGAAAUUGAAAUAGAAAACCGGUUGAGCUCGUUUUACUCCCAUGGCUUCUACUUCUGGUUUCAACCAAACCGACACCAAUGAUGGCUCAUCCUCUUACUUCCAGAAAACAGUAUGCUUGCACGAUUGGUGGUUGAUUAAAGCCGGAAAGGACUUCGAAGGGAAACGACUAGCCGUUGCGGGGUUUACAUCCAGAGAGCAACAAGCUGUGCGAGUGUUUUCCACGGCACCUAUAGUCAAUAGAUACGAUGUUUUUACUCUGGAGACUGCCGAUGGGAUAUGUGUAUUGCUGAAAGGGUUCAUUAACAAGCUGCGCACUAACGAUAAUGGGUUUCCCUCCACGGUUUUUAGUCGUUUCGUGUUUGGCUUUCCUCCUGACUGGGAAGAAUGUGCUGCAAAGUUCUUGGAAGGAGAUUCUUCCACUGAUGUUCUUUCAGGGAGUAUACCUGAUUCAGAGGAGUUUGCUGCUCAUCCAGAAAUCGUUGCUGGUGAGAAAACUGUUACUCCAUCUUCAGAACAAAUUCCGAAAAAUCACAAGCAGGUUAUUCAUGAAGAUAAGCAUGACAUUGAAGCUUCAAAAGGUUGUUCUCAUAAUGCCAGAUUGCGGAAUCUGAAAAGCAAUCCGAAGAAUGACCCAGAAUCUAGAUGUUCUGUGAAGCAUAAAAACAAAAGGUUGAGUCCUAUAUCAAAGACAUUUGAAAUCCCAGAUGGAGCAGAACUGAAGAGUUCAUCAGGUACCACCAAUCAAUCCAAGGGCAAAAUAGACAUAUCAGAUAACUUUCCAGACCAUUCUAUGGGCCAAAUGUUGGAAAAAUUGUCAGUGAAUUUACAAAGAAAACAGAAGGAAGAGAAAUGGGCAGUCAAUGGGUCGAAAGGUAAAAGAAAUAAGAUGAAUUCUGUUCCAUUGGUAUCUGAUGAUGUGAGCAAUAUUUUACAAAAUAACAGCUCUGAAUUUGAGGGCAUUGAUAUCUCCAGUCCGUCUGCUGAUGAAGUUCAAGAGCCAUUGCAUGAGAACACCAUAAGAAAAGAAGAUGUUGAGCACGUUGGAGAUAGUCCAGGGCAGAAUUCUGCUACUAAACACGCACUAGACUGUGGAAACAUUAUGACUCAAGGUGGUAUGCAGUCAAGGAAAAAUAAUUCAGCUAGGUCUCGCAUUGGGCGUGUUAAUAAAAAUCCUACAAAGGACUUGAAGAAUGCAGUAGAUGAAGGUGAAAGCGAUGCUAAAGAACAAAGCACCAGCAGAAAGAAAAUAUUUAUUGUUUCUCCAGAAUCUUUGAGUUUUGGACGAUCUAGGUCAGGGAGAAUACUUCUGCCGACCUUGCAAUUCUGGCGCAAUCAACUGCCAGUUUAUGAUGCGGAUCGUAAAAUCACUGGAAUUAAGGAUGAGUUGGAUGUGAUAGGAACGUCAAGAGGGAGUAGAUCAGAACCUCAGAAAAAGCGAAGGCUGUAGAAGUGAAUGUUACUGGAAGCUUUAGCAUUUGCUGUUGAAUUUAAGGGGAAUUAAGAAGGUUUUGGAAAUCAAUUCAAGUGGAGCAAGAUGUAUAGAAUUAGAGGAGUGGACUUUCUUGGGUAUUUUGCUUUUUUAUUUUUUAUUUUUUUAUAAAGUUUAACAUUUUCCUUUUUUCGUCAAAUGAUGGGAAUUUGAACAUCAUGGCAUCUACUCCAUAGCAGUUGAUUUAGCCAAGACACCAAGUGUAUGUGAACCUAUAAUGACUUACUCCUAUGUAUAGCAAUCUAUUCUAUUGAAAGCCUGCCUAUUCUCAAAUGUGCAUUACAUGUUA